AUAUGUUCCGAAAUAACGCCUUCUGCUAUCGAAGACAGUCUUGCGUCUGUAAAGUGAUAAAAUAAUUUUACAAUUGAGUCGCCUUGGGAAUUUCAGUCACUCUCCACACACCAAAUACAUAGCUCGUGUAACAGCCUGAUUUAGUCGAACAGCACAUCAUUUGCCGGAAUCGUUAGCGAAUAGCAGCACUCUCCGCUAAGUCGGCACGCUAAUUGGCAAAACCGAUUCGAUUCCAGGGAAGGAGACACACUGAUAGACGGGUGAAGAACAAAAGGAGAAGGAAAACAACAGUUAAUCGUCAAAUUUUACAGGCAAAAGGCAGCACACAAUGAGCUCCGCGGAAGAAAACAGCAACAGCCCGGCCACCACGCCCCAGGACACCGAGACCACCGAGCAGGCUAACCUCACGGAUCUCGAGAAGAUCGAGGAGGAGAAACUCAAGUCCAAGUAUCCCAGCGGAAUGCGCGUGCCGGGCGGACACUCGGCCUUCCUCCAGAAAAGGCUGCAGAAGGGGCAAAAGUUCUUCGACUCGGGCGAUUACCAGAUGGCCAAGCAGAAGGGUGGCGGCGUCAAGCAGGUCUUUGCCAACAAGGUGACCACCGGGGAGGCCAUUCCCACGCCCGAAACCGUGCCGGCGCGCAAGACUUCGAUCAUCCAACCCUGUAACAAGUUCCCGGCGACGAGCUAAUUUACUCACCACUCAACACUCACCUCUACUGUAUCCACAACCUCAAGUGCAGCCAGUUCUCCGUUCCCCACUUCAAAUGCUCUAUACCUAAUUUUAAUGAAAAACCUAAUGCUAAGAUGGCUGCUGCCGGAUUGUGCGGGCAUUUCGCGACAGUUUAAACUGAAAUUCUAGCACCAUGUUCCGUGUUUCCCCCGUUAAAUUCAAUCGCCAUCCGCACUGGCCAAUCAAUCUCAAGAUCAACUCAUCAGUCCAUCUCUCAGGCCGGGGAAGCGAAGAUGGCGAGCCGAGCAGCGCGAAAUUUAUUGCAACAGUUAUAUAUAUCUCUAUCUUUGUAACAUUAAACUAACUUACCCUCGUCGUACAUAGUUGUAAGUAUUACGAGCAUAAUAAAUUUAAGUUGGAGCAGCCAGCCACACACACACACACGUUCUCGUACAUUACUGGGAUUCCAUCAAAAGUUUUUAAAAGUUCACCAUGUUCUAUGGAAAAUGUUUUUAUAUUUUUUUUUUUGCAUUCAUUCUAUAAGCAGUUGACGGAAUUUCACCAACUAAUUGAUAAUAACAUAGGUACUGCUGCUUGCAGAGCUAAAUUUUUGAUGCAAAAACCAAACAGUCGAGUUAAAAUGAAUUUGUAAAUCAAGCAGAGCUAAAAUAAAUGUAUGUACGUAU